GCCUUCAUAAAACAUUUUGAGCUGUGAUAAUAUUUCAGUCAUCGAUUUUUAACAUUAUACAAUAAGAUAUAUUAUUUUAAAUAUGGCACCCAACCAUCGGGAGAUUUCGCCAUUUUUGAAGCUCAUUCGGGACUUCCUUUUGGGACGUAAACACGUGACCAACAAUCGCUAUGCAGACACAAUAAGUGCACGUAUCCAGCGGCCACCCGAUAUUCCAGAGGGAUCCCCAACUCGACUAUUUGGUAAUCAGUAUUAUCUAAGAGAUCCGCGACGUCAGGUGAAGCCGCCUAUUGACUUAGUUGAGCAGAAGAAAAGAGAAGUAGCCGCCGCGAAGGCUGCUGAAGCUGCUAAAGCGGCUGCUAAGGCUGCCCCGAAAGACACUAAGCCUGGCGCUGCUGCCGGACCAGCUCCUAAGGGCGGUACAGGAACCGCCCCAGCCCCAGCACCAGCCCCAGCAAAAGCCUCUGCACCAGCACCAGCACCAGCACCAACAGCCGCAGAUCCUACGAAGACAGACCAAUCCAGUCAGCCUCACACGGCGAAUAUAGAGCCUGAUAAAGAUGGAAAGCCAAAAGGCAAGUCUGCGCUUCCCGCUCCGGGGAAGUUGUACAAUUGGGACUAGGAACAAGUUCGAAAACUUAAUUCUGUUAAAUUUAAAGUGAUAUACAAUCAUUUAAGCUUUAGGUGCAUCGCACCAAGCUUCUAUGUUCUCAUCGGUUAGCCAGAUAUACGGUUGUUCGGCUGUUCAGUUAUUCAGUUAUUCAGUUAUUCAGGCGACGUCGAAUUGUUCAGUUGUGCGAACAUAAUUGCGGCCUUAGGCACUUGACACAAUGGUGAGCAAUGUCAGUCAAUGGUCACUGACAAUGCGAGAGGGGGCGAUGAGGGUCGUAAAAACGGAAAUCUAAUUAGACAUCGGAGGCGAAAAUCAUUUAUUACACCUGCAUGAAAAUUUAAUUAAGCGCACAAUUAACAGGGCUGAUACCUUUAUGGCGCACGUCGGAGGCUUAUGUAUGCGCUUUAUAAUAUUUAAUGCCAUCAAAAUUUAUUUGCAAUUUAAAACGAGGCAAUUUUCGCAGCGAGCUCGCCGACGUUGAGUGGAUUAUGCCAAUUGUUGAUGAUGAUUGGAGGUCGAUUGUUAAUUGUCUGUUGCUGUAAUUUAUGUUAAUGACUUUUCACAUCGAUUUAUUGAUUGCAGCAAUGAGUUUUUUCACCCACAGCAGCACAUAAAACCCACCCUAACCCUGUUCAAACGAAUAAUAAAAAAAA